UCUACGUUUAAAUCGUACUGUCAAGCUUCGUGUUCACAUCGAAGAAAGCAAACAAUAAAAGAAACGCAAGAGCAGAUACAAAUUGAAGAGAAACAAAAAUGAUAACUGAAGCUGUCGUAACCCUGCUUCUUUUCUGGUUAACAUGGCAUUUCCUCAAAACAUACUUAGAAAGACGGAACAUGCCUCCAGGACCAUGGCCUUAUCCACUAAUUGGUAAUCUUGCCAAUCUGGAAUCGCAGUCUGGCAAACCUUUCAAGAAACUCAGAGAAAAAUAUGGCGAUAUUGUUAGCGGCACGUUCACCAUGAGAUCUGUAAUAGUUAGCAAUAGUUCUCUUGCUCGAGAAGCCCGCCUUGGCUUAAAUAAAGAUAUCACUGUUGAUUCCUCUGAUGUAAGCAUAUUCCCUUCGAAUCGUAUGGUAGGUGUAAACGAUAUUAUAUUCUCCAAGUUUGGAGAAAAAUACAUUUUUCGAAAAAAGGUAUUCAAGUUAGCAAUGCAUAUGUUUGGCGCAGGAAUAGACGCCGCGGAAAAGAGAGGAAAUCACGCAGUAAGAUUGACUAUGGAAAAGAUAUAUUCUUUAAACAAUCAAGCAUUUUCCCCUAAAGAUAUCAUAGCCUCAGCAAUACUUGUUCAACUUUGGCAGUGGCUCACCUCAGAAGAGCUACCACUCGACCAUAAUGUAAUCAAACUACUUCUUGAAUUCACAGAACUUGCAGCGAACGUGGAUUAUUUCGCCUCAAUGUUAUACAUAAAGAUACCAUUCUUUGAAUAUCUCCCAGUUGAAUUUAACAGGCGAAUAAAGAGAGCGCAAGCAAUAAAAUCCUCAGUUGUCACACCAGUAUUUAAUUCCCACCUGAAGACAUUCGAUGAUGGUGUAGUUCGUGAUAUGACAGAUAGUUUAAUCCAAGCUUAUAAGAAAGAAGAGUCAAAAACUUUUAAAAAAGAUAUUGGACGUAUAGAAGAUAUUAAAGAACUAAUGAUUGAUGCCAUCAUUGCUGGUUCUGAUACAACAUCAUCAACAUUAUCUUGGCUUAUACUUUAUAUGGUAUUAUAUCCUGAAGUUCAAGAGAAAAUCCACGAUGAGCUUGACCAAGUGUUAGGGAAAGAUAAACAGCCUUCCUGGCAAGAUGUGACUCUUUUUCCCUAUCUGCAAGCUACAAUAUGCGAGGUCAUGCGCAGAGUAACUCCCAUUCCAGAGACAGGAGGAAUCACAACCAAAGACACAGUCAUCGGAGGAUAUCAUGUACCCAAAGACACUCUUGUUCUUCUGGAUUUAUUUCAAAUACACACGAACGAGCGCGAGUGGCCAGAGCCUAACAGAUUCAAGCCUGAACGUUUUCUUACUGAUGACGGAAAAUUUGUUGGUUGGACAAAACGCAGUGCCUUUAUGCCGUUUGGCCUUGGAAGAAGAGAAUGUGCUGGCAUCGCGUUUGCAAAAAUCAUGUUGUUUACAUUCGCUGCGACAUUAUUACAUCGAUUCAAGUUCGAGUUACCCCAAGGAGCAGAAAAGCCAAGUGAGGAACCACAAACUUUGGCCAUUGUGGCUUCUCCAGCAAACUUUAAAGUUGUGGCAAAGCAACGUCUCAUUUAAUUAUUUGUUGAUUAGUGUAUUACUUGUUUACGACAAGAAACAUUGACGGAUUGAACUUGAUUAGAGUUAUCAUCAUUGUACAAAUGACUUCAACUAAAUUAGUCAACACAUGUGAGUGAAACAAAAGUUUUUUUAGUUUAAAUUGUUUUUAACUUGAGACUAUGUUUUCUAGUUUAUACAAGACAACGUCGUUUUAAAAAACUGUGCUGCCUAGAAUGUGCCAUGGUACCAAAGGAGGCUUUUUGGUUCCAGGUGAGAGCCAGCAAAAUUGUCUUUAUUUUCAGACAUAAUUAAAAUUCCAACGACAGCAUUUAAAAUUUCCGUGUAUAGAUGGCCUUACAUCCAAACACGGGCUCUCACCAAUCAAAGCACGCGUUUCACAUAAUUUAUUUUAGAAACUCAAUUCUAUGUAAAUUUCUUUAGUAAGUCCAAACAAGAGUAGACUCGCAUUGAUAACGCAAUAAAUUAAGCAAGUGUUAUCUAAUCAAGCAAACGUUUCACGACAUUUGUGUCCGGUUGCACAGGGCUGCCCAAACAAUUUUUUAGCCUGGGGCGAAACUUUUCGAAAAUGUUAAUUAACAUAAUUAUAGUAGCGUAACAAAUUUACUUUAUUAACUCCCUCUUAUUAUACUCGCACUUAUUUUCCCAGC